CUGUGGGAGAAGAAACACACCAGGAACAUCUCACCGUGGGUCCAGCUGUGCCUGUCAUCUGUCACCUCGUUUAAAGAAAACUUCUUCCUACACCGGAGCGGACAGAGAAUGGGAAACUACCCGAGCUAGUUUCUGAAGAGGACAACAAUUAAGGGAGGAACUGUGCUAAAAAAAAAAAACAACUACCAGGUCGAGCCUCCAGCCACUUCAUUCACGCCCAGAGAGGGAACAGGAGCACAGCGGAGAUGCAGACCUUCCUGAAAGGCCGGAGAGUCGGCUACUGGCUCAGCGAGAAGAAGAUGAAGAAGCUCAAUUUUCAGGCAUUUGCUGAUUUGUGCAGGAAAAGAGGAAUAGAAGUUGUUCAGUUGGACCUCAGCCAGCCUCUGGAGGAGCAGGGUCCCCUAGACGUCAUCAUCCACAAACUGACUGACCUCAUCCUGGAGGCUGACCAGAACGACUCCCAGGCUGUGCUGCUGGUGCAGAGAGUACAGGAAUACAUCGAUGCCCACCCUGAGACCAUUGUCCUGGACCCCCUUCCAGCUAUCAGAACUCUGCUGGACCGCUGCAAAUCCUACCAGCUCAUCCACAGGAUAGAGAGCUGUAUGAAAGAUGAGAGGAUUUGCUCUCCUCCGUUCAUGGUCCUGAACACGGAGUGCAACCCAGAUGUGCUGGAGCAGAUCAAGAAGCACGGCCUCACAUUCCCCUUCAUUUGCAAAACACGGGUGGCUCAUGGAACCAACUCCCAUGAGAUGGCCAUUAUCUUCAGUGAAGAGGACCUGAAGGACGUGAAGCCUCCUUGUGUGAUCCAGAGCUUCAUAAACCACAACGCAGUGCUUUACAAGGUGUUUGUGGUAGGAGACUCCUACACUGUGGUGGAGAGACCUUCACUCAAGAACUUCCCUGCUGGACCGGCAGACAGGAAAGCCAUUUUCUUCAACAGCCACAAUGUUUCCAAACCGGAGUCAUCCUCAGACUUGACUUCGAGAGAGAAUGUAGAGGGAUUGUCACAGCCACCCAGUGACGAUGUCAUGAGAGAGUUGUCCAGGUCUUUGCGACAGGCACUGGGUGUGUCCCUGUUUGGCAUUGACGUCAUCAUCAACAACCAAACAGGCCAACACGCCGUGAUUGACAUCAAUGCAUUCCCUGGUUACGAGGGUGUCCCGGAGUUCUUCAACGACCUCCUGAACCACAUCAGCAGCGUGCUUCAGAGCCAAAGCCCUGACAUCGCCCCCGCCAGUGAGCAGCCCAAAGGCCUGCCUGUGAGCACCACGGUACCCAGUGCCGCCCCGCCGGCCCCCGGCUGCUGCAGCAUGCUGGGUAAAGAUGCCAGCAGCAGCCCCUGGAUCGUAGAGGGCGACGGAGGGCUGAAGGGCCCGCGUCAGAGACUUGGCUGCAACUCGGCCAUGUCCCCCAACUUCCAGCAGCACUGUGUCUCAACGAUAGCUACCAAGGCUUCCUCCCAGUGACUGAUCCCCAGCUCCCACUCCGUUUGAUCCCUGAACAAAAAAUAAAUAAAAAACGGACGACAAUGAUGACAAUAAUAAUGAAUAAUAAUCAUAAUAAUUAUGAUGUUAAUGAUGAUAAUAUAUCUAAUCAGAAACAAACCUUUUCCUAUAUAGUUAUUGAAAAUGAUGGUGAUUGGGUGUAAGCUUUUUCUCUCUGCCUUUUUGUAUUUUUCGUUUCGUCUAAUGAGACUUAACAGUACUGUAAUGUGAACUUUUAGGAACUUUGCCUAAUAGCUGAUUUUAUUUUUCUCUUGUGUGAGUUUGCUGUAACGAAAGGGGGUCCAGAUGAGGUAGUUAACGGGGAACGACCGAAUCAGGACUGGAGAAAGAUGUGCCACUAGAUGUGCAAUGUUAUGAUCCCUUGUAUCUCACACACACACACACACACACACACACACACACACACACACACACACACACAGGUGCGUUUAUGCUGCGACGGACCUCGCCAGUGAUGUGUGCGUUUGUAUUCUGGUCUAUACCACUGACUCCUCUGCACAAAGUGAGGGGGAGAUGAGGUGGCGGGCCAGGCGUUUGAACACUACUCCACAGAUCCCAGGCUGCUAUGUGACUGUGGCCAACCGACUGCAGAGGACACGAUGAGUCUGAACAUGAAUGACAAGAUAGUUUUUUGAGUAUUGUUAGUUUGAACAAACGGGGCGAGCCGUUUACUUUUCCGAGGUGCCAUCAAAUUUACUUCAAGCGUAGGACAAAGUGAAUCUUCAUGACCAUGUGACCAAGUUGUUUUUUUUUUUUUUUUUUAAUGAUUGUUGUUACGCCAAUGUUUAUAGGUCUGUGAGUAUUUUACUGUAUGUCAGACGCUGGAUGUUAGGUGUUCAACAAAGAAACUGCGUCCCUGUUUGAGUCGCUCCAGCGCAGGAAGACGAGGAUCACAUUCCGCUUGUGUUUGUGGAUAUUUUUCAGAGAAUUCCAUGAUUUAUUUACAGAAUUCCAGUGGGAUCUGGUGAGAUUUCUCACAUCACUUCAUGGGUUUGAAGUCUCCGUAAACAGUCUCUCCUUUUUAAACAGUGUCUUCAAUGCUUGUCUGUAAUGUGAGCAAACUUCUCUCCUGAGGCAAACUUGACCCAUCACCAGACAUGUGGCUGCUUUGGAGAUUUGUCACUUAAUCACAUCUCAAUUUUAAACUCAUUUUGUUCAUCAGUCAUUUAUUCUACUAAAAUGCAGAUAAAAUGUGUGUUUGGAGCGAGCCCAGUGGCUAUUAAAUGAGACGAAAUUACAACCAUUAAAUUCCAACUAGAUGAUUGAGGAAGUUGUUCAGCUUUAUUGUCUCUGUUUGAUUUAAUCUCAAUCUGAAGUGCAACUCUUUACUCUUACAAAUGCAAUUUAAUGAGACCCGCAGUCCAGUCGGUUCAUUUGCUUCAAGCUUAAUUCUCUGACGUGUUUUCUGUCCCAGCUGCUGUAUUUGUGUCACAUGUUAAAAUCAUUUGGAAGGGGGGGGAAGUGGAUCGGGGGAGUCCAGCUCUUGUUCCCAGUGUUCGCUGUGAGAUUUUUUUACUCCGAUUUUGUUAAUAUCUUUGUCCUGACAUCUACUAAGAGCAACUUUAUUUUAUUGAGAUUUUAUGGGGAAAAAUGUUUUAUAUAAAUGAAAGCACGCAAUGUUUUUGAACAAAACGGUGGAUAUUUACUAGAGGAAUAGUAAAAACGCAGGGUCAGGUUGUAAAGCAAAACUUAAGGUGGUGUCAAAGGGACAUAUGAUCUUGUGGUUGUUGUCUCCCUCUAGCAUCUAGUGGGAACGCGUGCCAACCUGCCAAAUCAGUGCAUACAGAUGUUCGCAUUCCUCUGAGCCUGCUGCUGCUUCUUCUCUUGUCCCAAAGAGCUCCUCCUAAUCCGUUUUAUUUCCCCCAUCAGUAUCCGAGGGAACCAACUGUCCUCUCACUCGCCCUCCCUCUGUGAUCGUAAAUUUAAAAAAAAAAAAAAAAAAAAAAAAGUCACUGCAGCCAUCUCACCAGCAUCUCUCUGGGACAUGAACUGAAAGGACACCAUUGACAUUUGGAAAACUGUAUUUUCACUGGACACAAUACAUUGUGAGAAUAUUUCCAGUUCCAGUUUAUGUGUGUCCAUGGUGAAGUAACAACAGCAGAAUUUCAACAUGUUUAGGUGUCAAAGGAGGCAGCAAGUUCAGAGGACACUUUCACAUCCUUUCCCCCCCGAUUUAGGUGUUUCCUCACCUAGCAGCAAGGGGAAAAGUCGAGGGUGCAACCCUGUCUGUGUUGAAAAGGCUGAUAUCUGUGUACACCAGUAUACUGUGUGUCCUAUGUUGUGCUCUUUAUUGUGCUUCUAAAUGGGAAAUAAAUGGUUAAUCCUA